AUGGAAGACUGCUUCAGGAUCAAACAAGGUCUGUGCUUUUUACUAUUCCUUUGUGUUACUGAUGUACUGUGUGUCUCAAUUCAUUAUUCUGUGCCUGAAGAGAAGAAAACUGGCUCUCUUGUGGCUAACGUAUUGAAGGAUUUGCAACUGGGAGUCAAGGAGCUCUCUGCUCGCAGAGCCCAGCUGGUGUCUGAAACCUCUAGGCAAUAUUUCCGCCUUGACACCCACACUGGGAAUCUGCUCAUAAGUGAAAAAAUAGACAGAGAGGCUUUAUGUGGGCAGACAGAACCUUGUUUACUUGUCUCUCAAAUUGUGCUCCAAAACCCUCUGACAAUCCAUACUAUUGAAAUAAAGAUUGAGGAUGUCAAUGACAAUGCCCCCAAAUUCUCCAAAAAUGAUUUCCAGUUUGGAAUUCCUGAGAAUGUCCCCCCAAAUACAAGAUUUCCUUUGGAAUCUGCCCAGGAUGAGGACCUGGGAGAAAACAGCAUCCAAAACUACACCCUCAGUCCCAAUGAGCAUUUCCAACUUGGUGUGGAAAGCAAUACUGAUGGAAGCAAAUAUGUGACUCUCAUUCUGGAGAAAGCUCUGGACAGAGAGAAAGAGCCACAUUUGGGGUUAACACUUACAGCUGUUGAUGGAGGAGUACCCCAGAGAACAGGCACAAUUCAAAUAAUUGUUAAUGUGCUGGACAAUAACGACAACUUUCCUGAAUUUACUCAGUCUGAGUACAAAGCAAUACUGAAGGAAAACUGUCCGAGGGAUACUUUGGUGUCUAGAGUAGAAGCCAGAGAUUUGGAUUUUGGAUCAAAUGCUCAGAUCACCUACUCCUUCCAUCGAAUGCCUAAAAAAAUACAUAAUCUGUUUAAUUUGAAUGAAAUGACUGGAGAAAUCACUGUUUUGGGAGAAAUUGAUUAUGAAAAAGAAACCAAUUAUGAAAUGACUAUUCAAGCAACAGAUGGGGGAGGACUUUCGGGGCACUGCAAGGUCCUGGUGGAAAUUGAGGAUGUGAAUGACAAUGCUCCAGAAGUCUCAGUAAUAUCGAUCAACAGCCCUUUGCCAGAGGAUUCUACACUUGAGACACUUGUUGUCCUCUUUAGUGUCAAAGACCAAGACUCUGGAGAGAAUGGUCAAAUUCUUUGCUCUGUGGAUAUGAAUCUACCAUUUGUAUUAAAGUUUACUACAAAUCAUUUUUACCAACUUGUGAUCCAAAGUUCCCUGGACAGAGAGAAAGUGCAAGACUAUAAUGUCACCAUCACAGCAAUGGAUCGUGGGUCUCCUAGGCUCACCUCAACAAGAAUUAUUCAUGUGCAGAUCUCAGAUGUCAAUGACAACCCUCCAGUAUUUGAAAAGUCUUUUUUUUGAAAUGCAGGUACAAGAAAAUAAUAUUCCAGGACUGCUCAUUGGCUCAGUUCAAGCUGUUGAUCUGGACACAGAGCAGAAUGCCAAACUGUCCUACUCCCUUUUACCUGGGAACAUUGGUGGUGGCCCUGUGGCCU